GUAAUCUCCCCCCGACAGUCACAGACAGUCACUAUGAAGUUUGUGAUCUUGGCUUUGUUUGUUGCUGGCGCCUACGGGUGCGGUCUUCCCACCUUCCCCCCCACCGUCACCAGAGUGGUGGGUGGAGAAGAUGUCAGGCCUCACAGCUGGCCCUGGCAGGCAUCUCUGCAGUACAAGAGUGGGAACAACUUCUAUCACACUUGUGGUGCCACUCUGAUCUCCAACCAGUGGGUGCUCACCGCUGCUCACUGCAUCGGAAGUCGCACUUACAGAGUCUUACUGGGAAAACACAACCUGAAGCAGAGUGAGGAUGGUGCCAUCGCCAUGACCCCCGGCAAGAUCAUUGUCCACGAGGCCUGGGACUCCUACAGGAUCCGUAAUGACAUUGCCCUGAUCAAGCUGGAAACUCCAGUCAAGCUUUCAAACAGCAUCAUGGCUGCCUGUCUGCCCAACUCCGACGAAAUCCUGUCUCACGGAGCUCCCUGCUACGUCACCGGCUGGGGUCGUCUCUGGACUGGAGGUCCCAUCGCUGACAUCCUGCAGCAGGCCCUCCUCCCUGUGGUUGACCACACCAACUGCAGCAGGUACGACUGGUGGGGCAGCCUGGUCACCACCAAAAUGAUCUGUGCCGGAGGAGACGGAGACCUGGCCAGCUGCAACGGAGACUCUGGCGGUCCUCUGAACUGUCAGAACCCCGAUGGUUCUUGGGACGUCCAUGGAGUGGUGAGCUUUGGCUCAAGCAUGGGUUGCAACUACCCCAAGAAGCCCUCUGUCUUCACCAGAGUCAGCGCCUACAUGAGCUGGAUCAACGAGGUCAUGACCAAAAACUAAAAUGGAUUGGCUGAUUUUUGCUCUUGAUCAAUAAAUAAAGAAUGCAUUAACCCAA